CCUCUGGCUUUGCUGAGUUACUGCAAGUUAGAAUGUUUCUUAGAAAAGUAAAUACCCUUUCAAACAUGGAUGCAAGAAGAAAUAAUACCCAAAACAUUGGAGCUGCUUAAUGUGACAUUACUACAAGAAAAAACACAGACCACUGAUGUGAUAGACUUUGGAGAAAGGUUAAGGGAAAUGUAAAAAGCUGAGCCAAAACUCAUACUGUAGCACUGAAUGUGUGAAACUGGAGGUAGGAGGAUUGGGAUGGCACGGUUCCCUCCUGUGCUGGAUUUCACUUUGUGAGAGAUUAAAAUUAGAGAGUGAUUCCCCAUAGAGUGUCACCACCACCGAUGCCAGGAAGCACCGGAACUGCUCCCAACCAUGAGCACUUCCCCUGUUCCAUGAUGAGAGGUAGGUGGGGAGCUGAGCCCUCAACAAGCUACUCUGCCCAGCACCUGGUAGCCUGUGGACGGGGAAGCAUGCUGUGCCAUCAGCAGGUGCAUUAACCAUGAAGGACAGGGCAAACUCUUCACCCCAACGCUGCAGCAAACAGCACAGACCCAGCAAGCUCAACCCAUGGAACACUCCAAGUAUUUUCAUCAUGCAGAUGCGGUUGCAGAGGAUCCAUUGCAAAGUGUGAAAAUGAAGGGGAAAUUCUGCAGAUACCAUUUAUCACAGACAACCCUUGUAUAAUGUGUGUUUGCCUGAAUAAGGAAGUGACAUGCAGAAGAGAGAAGUGUCCCCUGCUUUCCAAGGAAUGCGCUCUUGUCAUUAAGCAGAGAGGAGCUUGCUGUGAACGUUGCAAAGACUGCAGUUUUGGAGGAAAGACAUACAACAGCUCUAUGAGAUGGCACCUCCCUAGCAAUCCCUGUAUUACGUACCAGUGCCAGGAGGGAGUGAUAAUAGAGUCGGAGGUACAGUGUGUUGUUCAUUGCAAAAACCCAUCCGAAGUUGUGGGGAUGUGUUGCCCUGUGUGUCCAGGUUGUAUAUUUGAAGGGAGACAUUACAAUGAAGGAGAAGAAUUUAGGCCUGAAGGAAAUAAAUGCACCAAGUGCUCUUGUGUUGGUGGCAGGACCCUUUGCAUCCAAGAAGUCUGCCCCAUUCUGUCGUGUCCCCAGCACCUCAGUCACGUUCCUGCAGGACAGUGUUGCCCCAAAUGCUUAGGACAGAGGAAAGUGUUCGACCUCCCAUUUGGAAGCUGUCUCUUUCAUAGUAAUGUGUAUGAUAAUGGAUCCUCAUUUAUUUAUGACAACUGUACAAUGUGUACAUGCAAGGAUUCAACAGUGAUAUGUAAGAAGAGGUGCUUGCUUCCUGGAGAAUGCAAUAAAAACCAAGACCACUGCUGCAAGGAAUGUGUCUCCUACAUCACUCCAGAAGAAAUGAAAGUGUGCAAGUUUGGCAAUAAGAUAUUCCAGGAUGGAGAGAUGUGGUCCUCUGUGAACUGCACCAUCUGUGCUUGUGUGAAAGGCAAGACAGAGUGUCGCAAGAAGCAAUGCAUUCCAGUCAGCAGCUGUCCUCAUGGUAAAAUCCUGAACAGAAAAGGAUGCUGUCCUAUUUGCACUGAAAAACCUGGAGUUUGCACUGUGUUUGGAGACCCUCACUACAACACUUUUGAUGGACGGACAUUUAACUUUCAGGGAACAUGUCAGUACGUUUUGACAAAAGACUGCUCCUCCUCUGCCUCGCCCUUCCAGGUGCUGGUGAAAAACGAUGCCCGUCGGACCCGUUCUUUCUCCUGGACAAAGUCAGUGGACCUUGUGUUGGGCAGAAGCACCAUCAGCCUCCAGCAGCACCUCACAGUGAAGUGGAAUGGGACCCGUAUCUCACUACCCUACGAGACACCACAAUUUCAGAUCGAUCUGGAUGGUUAUUUGCUGAAAGUAACAACCAAAACAGGCCUGGAAAUCUCAUGGGAUGGAGACAGUUUUGUGGAAGUCAUGGCUGCACCACAUCUGAAGGGCAAACUCUGUGGCCUGUGUGGUAACUACAAUGGGCACAAGCGAGAUGACCUGAUUGGGGGGGAUGGGAAUUUUAAGUUUGACGUGGACGACUUUGCUGAAUCCUGGCGUGUGGAGUCUAAUGAGUUCUGCAGUCGCCCACAGAGGAAACCUGUGCCUGAGCUCUGCCAUGGGACUGUCAGGGUGAAACUCCGGGCUCACCGGGAAUGCCAGAAGCUCAAAGGCUGGGAUUUUCAGAGCUGUCAUUCAACAGUGGAUUACACAACCUUUUACCGGUCAUGUGUGACAGACAUGUGUGAGUGCCCGGUCCAUAAGAAUUGCUACUGCGAGUCAUUCUUGGCCUAUGCUCGCGCCUGCCAGCGGGAAGGGCUGAGAGUACAGUGGAUACCUGAGCAGCACUGUGCAGCAACCCAGUGUAAACACGGUGCAGUUUAUGACACCUGUGGUCCAGGAUGUGUCAAAACAUGUGAUAACUGGAAUGAGAUUGGCCCAUGCAACAAGCCCUGCAUUGCAGGAUGCCACUGUCCAGCAAAUUUAGUUCUUCACAGAGGAAGAUGCAUCAAGCCAGUCCUAUGUCCUCAGCGAUGACAUCUGUUCUCUCUCCAAGGACACUAAUGCGGAUGUCGCUGACCUUUCUGAUGCUCACUGACAGCAAAGGACUGCAGCUGUUCAUGUGCAGGUUCUGCAAAGUACAGCUCUACUUACAGAGUGUAAAUAUGCUCCUGUGUGUAUUCGUGUGUUUAUGCAUACACACACGGCCCCAACAAAGAUAUAUAAAUGUAUACUGUGUGUAUGUAGAUACAUAUAUCUACACACAAGUGCCCUAAACAUAAGUACAACCCAUAUAUUUAUAUACAUGUACACACACACAGAUAUACGUCAUUUCUAUAUAUCAUAGAAGGAUGAAUUAUUAUAUGUAUAUUUUUUGCUAUAAAGUUUAUGUAUUAUUACUUCUAAAACCCUUAUCUGUAAGUCAUUGUAUAAAUAAACCAGGUGUUUUUAAUAUAAUAUAGCGGCAUGAAAAGAUUGAGUGACUUUGCCAUUGCAUGAGUUUAUCGUUUCCAAGGAAACUUUUCUAAAGCUGCAGCAUUGCCAGACUGGAUUAGUUUCAACACAGAACCCGGAUUUACAGUUGUACGGGAAACACAUUUCUCUGGAGAUGGAGGGUUUAUCUGGGAAUAUUUCACGCAUACCUUAGAGCUGCAUAGUGAUUGGUGACAAGGCUUAAUCACUCAGAGAAAGCUCAGGAUCGGCUUUUACACCUUAUUGAAAUCACUGUGCAAAAGGAUUUCCAGCGCUGGCUGGCCGUGUGCCAGAGGAAAGAGAUUUCUUUUUGGAAUGGCACCAAAGAGACAGGGGGCCAGAUUUGCAGAAGUGUUCAGCACCCAGCAGCCUGCUUUGAAAACCUGACCACUUCCCAUUUCAUAUCCUAAAACCCCAUUUAUGUUGUUGUGCUUGGCGGUAGCCAUGAAUAUACAAUAAGGAGCUCGAAGAAAACACUCACGCACAUUUUAGCCCCUCUAGCAUGUUCUAAACUGCUGGGCUUGUUUCAUAUUUCCCCCCCAAAUGUUCUGCAGAAAGCAAAUCCCACAGUGAAUUGGAUUUUUUUAUUUCGGUGUGCCUUAAAACAUGAAAUAAUACCGGGUUUAAUAACUAAUUUAAUAUAUUGGCACGGCUAAGAAGAAAGACAAAUUCCCCUUUCCAAAAGAAAAAGAGAGAAUGUCAGAUGCUAAUUAGAGAACUGCAGUUUAUUUCCUUACUGGUCUUUCUUACCAGUUUAAGAACAUGUGGGCUCUGUGAAGUUUACACGACUUUUGAAGUGUCCCAGGGGAGAAGCAGUAAUAUGGGGUUUCAUUAGAAACUGUUUAAAAAGCCGUACAGCUUUCUCAAGUCUGAAGGGAGGAGUGUAUUUUUCUUUCACUGGAAAGCCUCCUGUAGAACCUGAUGGCACGUUCUCCAGAGAAGACAGAAAUCUUUGGGCAUCUGAUUGAAAUCUGUAAUGAAGUAAUUUGCACCCACACAGCUACUUCCAUUAUGCCGUUCAAAACUGCACACUGUAAUGCUGUAAUGCUUUGAACAAUUUUCUCCUUUAAGUCACCCUCCAGGAAGCUUUGCAAGGUCUGAGUUUGCAGUGAGUGAGUGGGUGCAAUGCAUCUGAGUUAUACAGCUUUCUGCAGUCCUGUCCUGGAGGAGGAUGCCGUGUGAGCACGGGUAGGGUAGGCAUCACACUAUCCAAAACGCUGUACCACCAUAGUGUUACAAAGAGCUGGGCAAAUAAUGCCAGGAGCAUUCCAUGGAUGUCUAUCCAAAUUUGAAUAAAAUCAGCUUGCUCUUUUUAUGUCC